ACCACCAAAAAAAAAAAAACUCGGUAAUUGCUAACCAAACCAUCCUUGAGUACUUAAGAAAACUAAAGAAAAUAAACAUGAAGAUCAUUAUCUCCAUAUUGUUUGUAGCCUCACUUCUUCUUAUCAUUUCAUCUCUUGCUUCGGCUACUGUCUCAGGUGGUGGUGGUGGCGCGGUAGCUCCCGCGCCGGAAUUGAAAGAUGGAGCGGCGUUAGAGAAAUGGUGUGGAGGGAAGUGUGAAGUGAGAUGCAAAAAAUCAGGGAUGAAGGAUAGAUGUUUGAACUAUUGUGGGAUAUGUUGCAAAGAGUGCAAGUGUGUUCCUUCAGGAACCUAUGGAAAUAAGGAUGAGUGUGCUUGUUAUCGUGACAAGCUCAGCAGCAAAAUGACUCCCAAGUGUCCUUGAUUCUACAUCUCGAUCAAUCUCCAUUUCUAAAUAAUUAAAUAAGAGAGAUCUGGUGAUCUUUUGCUUAUGAGUUUGGGUUUUUUUUGUUUGUAAUUCCUGGUGAUUCGACUGAUUAUCAUGUGAAGUUAUAAGUCUAUCAAACAA